AUGAUCCGUCGCCUCCCCUCUCUCGUCCGCGCCGCCACCCAGCUCCCCUCCCUUAUCCACCAUGGCAACUGCCGCCUCCUCCUCUCCACCUCCCCCGCCCCUUUCUCCCUCGAGGCCUACCUCGUGGCCUCCUGCGGCCUCACCCCAGCCCAGGCCAGGAACGCAUCCAAAAAGGCGCUCGCCAAGGCAUCCAAGUUGUCCGAGAGGGCGUUCAACGAUCUCUCCUCCACCCGCCUCCACCCCGGCUUCGACCCCGACGCCGUCCUCGCCCUGCUCUCCAACAUCGGCCUCUCCCGCGCCGACAUCGCCGACGUCGUCGCCGCCGACCCGCUGCUCCUCCGGUCCCGGGUGGACAAACUCGAGCCGCGCAUCCUCGCCCUCCGCGACCGCGUCGGCCUGUCCGUUCCCCAAAUCGCCCGCUUCCUCGUAAUCGGCUCCUGGGAGCUCCGCAACUGCGGCGACGUCGCGCCCAAGAUCCAGUUCUUCGUCUCCUUGUACGGCUCGUUCGAUCAGUUCCUAGUGGUCAUCAAGAAGACCCAAUCACUUCUUGCCAUGAACGUUGAUAGGGUGAUCAAGCCGAACAUCGCCCUGCUUCUCCAGUGUGGCCUAAGUGUUCGAGAUAUUGCCCAGCUGUGUUCGAGGGUCACCUGGCUGCUUACGUUCAACCCGGAGCGUGUGAAAGAGCUCGUGUUGCGCGCGGAAGAGCUUAGGGGUGCCCCGCAGCUCGGGAAUGUUCAAAAGAAGCGUUGGCUGCUGUAG